AUGGACCACCGAGACAUCCACGAGCAGCAGCAGCAGUCUAGCGACACCAAUCUGAACCACAUGACCAACGCUCCGACCCCCAACAACUUGAGCGCCCAUGAUGAUCAUAGCCAUCACGGCCAGCAGACUCAUGGUUCUCAGCAGCCUCAGCACGGCAUCAUCUCCAACACGAUGAACGCCCAUGGCAACCAUGGUCAGUACGGCCAGCUUGGCCAGGACCACCAUCGUGUGCCCGACCUUAACUCUUUCCCCGUCAUGGCCCCUACUCUCUCAGGCAAUUCGUUGUACAAUAACCUGCCCAUGCAGCUCCUCGGAGGUCUCCCCGUGCCCGCCCAGUUCCCUAUCCAGCCCGUCAAUGAUCCCAGCGCCCAGCUGCAGCAGAACGUUCCAACUCAGGCCCACGGCCAGGCCCUUGGCCAGAGUCUUCAGCAGUAUGUGCCCAAUGCUGUCGUGGUGGCAGGCUUUUCCAACAACCUCCUGAACGCCAUCGUGGCCAGUCAAGCCCCUACUGUCCCCCAGCCAAGCAUCAGCGGACUCUCGGCCCCUCGUGCGUGCUCGAAAUGCCGCAAGAACGGCAAUGUGGCAUGGAAUACUCGUUGGCGGAACCCCGACGCAGAGGUGCUCGUCAGAAAGACGUUCGCCACUUGCAACCAUUGCAAGUGGUCACCUAACCUGGCGAACGAGACAGCUCUGGAAUGGGUCCGCAACAAUGCGCCUUGGCUCGAGGAUGACGUGAACGCAUUCUGCUCCUGCUAUUGGGGUGUUCCGGGUAACCACCCGCACCCCAUGUGCAUCGUCCGCACUCGCGUGAGUGCCGCCGCCGCCGCCGCUGCGCCCGCGCCUAUUCCUGCCGUGCUUGCUCCCGCUGCGCCCGCUGCGCCUGCUUCCGCCGCGCCUGCUGGUCCCGUGGCCCCUGUUGCCCCCAUGGGCCCUGCCACCGAUGCUGAUGCCGACGAUGGUGAUCUGCAGUUGUUCGUGGGACAGGACGAGUACAACUAA